AUGGGCCUCGAAGGCCUGGAGGACGGUCAAGUUGAGUGCGCGGUCGUCGACAGUGGCUUUCGCGUGGAGGUAGCGGACGUAGUCCAUGAGUGCCGAGGCUGGGCCGGAUCAGAUUACGGAGCAAACGGCAUAGUGUAG